AUUUUCGGCCCAAAAGAAAAAAAAAACCCAAACGACUUGGGGUAUGUAAAAUGUAAAUCAACACCCUCCUAAAUUUGUAACUUUAUAGAGACCUCUCAUCUCAGCCUCCCCACUCAUACGGAAUUCUAAGACUCGACUUCAUCUUCAAACCUCGUUCCAGGUGAUAAUUAUGGCUGGCUCAAAGGUUGCUCAUGCUGCUUUGAAAGGUCCGAGUGUCGUGAAGGAGAUAUUUAUUGGAUUUGGACUUGGUUUGGCUGCUGGUACCUUGUGGAAGAUGCACCACUGGAAUGAGCAGAGGAAAGUGCGAUCCUUCUAUGACAUGCUUGAGAAGGGCCAGAUCAGUGUGGUAGUAGAAGAGUAGACCCACCAUCCAUCCAUAAUGAAUAAUCAUAUUCUGUUUUGGUAUCUUUGAACAGCUAUAUGGUCAUGUCUGCUGCUCACUUAAGAGGGAAGCAGUGCUUAAACCCAUUCUUGAUUAAUAAUUUUUUUCUCAUACUGGAAGAUAAUGAUGUAAUGUCGUUGAUUUUGUGCCAGAGACAUGUUUUGAAGGCGGUGUAAACCCUUGUGAAUGUGUUUGAGAACCUGACAACUAUUUUCUACUUUCUACCAUUUACUUCUCUGA